AUGUCAUCGACUACGGAUUUUCGGCGGUACAAGGGUCCGGAAGCGGUGCCAAGCAUUGGUCCCCUGCAUGCGGCGUUGACAGACGGAAGGCGCGCCCCACUCGGCACCGUCGCAACUGCAUCACCGGACCCUAGCCAGCGAAGAUCGCCGUUUGCCAGCACUCGCCAGCGGAUGCGUGAUGUGCCUAGUCUGUCUGUGUUGUGGCCCCGUGACUUGUCCUCUCCUCCCCGCCGCCCUCGCUGUAAAUCAGUCGUGACUCUUCUUUUCUUUUUCUUCUUCCUCGAGCGUCCUGGACACUGGUGCUGUGUCAGACGCCGCGUGUUGCUACUACUACUACCCCGCCCGUUCUUCACCGCGUGUCCGGCCGCCAAAGCCUCGCCAACCAAUGUGCUCCAUAUAUAA